AUGGCAUCUGCAACACUUACGACGGAGCAAUACCCCCCUCGGCUUUCUCAGCCAGAGCAGGAUGCGCUCGUGCAGACCAUCAAGGAUUGGGCGAUUGGCAACGGCUUGUCUGUUAGACCACCUCCCGCCGUUGUUUCAGCGGAAGUAGACCCAAAGGGAAUCCUAGCAGUCAAUGUGCCAGUCACGCUUUUCCCCAGCCCAUUCCCCAAGCGGUGCUUUGCACAAGCACGGUCGGUCCAGAAGACCUACAACGAGCUAUAUGCCGCCAUCAGUAGGGACGAAGAGUUCCUGAGCGAGAUGGUCAAUGAGGUAAAGAGCGGCGACGACUUCAUCGGCAAACUUUGGGAUACUCAUUUGAGAGUAAAGAAGGAGGGCUACGCCCAGGAUGUCUCAUCAGGCCAACCCAAGCGCCAGGUGAAGCAAGUUGAGUUCAACACGAUAGCUGCAUCCUUUGGCGGUCUCUCGUCUCGUACUUCGCUCCUUCACAAAUUUCUCUCCGUCUCUGAGUACCCCCUGCUGAACCGCUCUAUUGAGUCGGGCUCUCUGGAUUUGCCAGAGAACCAGAGUGUCCAGGGUCUUGCAGGCGGCAUCCGCGCUGCCUUCGACCAGUACGGCCCCUCGGAACUCGGCCACACGAAGUGUGUAAUCUUUGUUGUACAAGGUGGCGAGCGCAACAUUUUCGACCAGCGACAUCUCGAGUAUGCGCUCACCAGCUCUCCCGACCCGGUCCAGGUGUUUCGCAUUCCUUUCUCCGAGCUUCUCAAGCACACCGAAAUCGCAAACACGCCUAAGCGUCAGCUUCUUUACAAGGUGCCUAGAGAUCCCUCAAAGGUCUUUGAGGUCGCUGUCUCGUACCUUCGAUGCUGGUAUGAUCCGUCGGACUAUCCCGACGAGAGCACUUGGGAGGCUCGCUACCACCUGGAGAGGUCAUCGGCAAUCAAGUGUCCUACCGUCUUGACCCAGUUAGCAGGCAGCAAGAAGAUUCAGCAAGUUCUAGCAACGCCGAGAUCUGGAUCGUCUCCUUCAGUUUUGGGUCGCUUUAUUGCCGAUGACUCUCCUCAGACCGCAGAGGUGUGGCAGACCUUCACCAACAUCUUCCCCAUGGAUGACUCCGAGGCUGGUCUCAAGGCGCGCAAGAUCGCCCAGGAUCCCGAACUGUGCAAGAACUACGUCCUGAAACCCCAAAGGGAAGGCGGUGGAAACAACCACUACCGCGAGGACAUUCCUGAAUUCUUGAAGAAGACCCCCGAGUCCCAUUGGGGGUCAUAUAUCCUGAUGGAGCUGAUCACCCCUCCUAAGCAGGACAAUAUCAUUCUCCGCAACGGUAACCUUGAGGAGGGUGGUGUUAUCUGCGAAUUGGGCAUCUACGGGACGGCGGUAUGGAACCAGGGCACCGGUGAGAUAGUGCAUAACAAGGAGGCCGGCUACUUGCUCCGCACCAAGGGCGACACGAGCAAUGAGGGCGGAGUCGCGGCUGGCUUCGGGUGCAUGGACAGUUGUACUCUUGUCUGA